AUGCCUACUCCCAAAGUUACCCUCAAGCCAGAAGGUCUUGUCGAUAAAGAUGGCCAUUCUUUAUUGACCAAUCUAGAGGUCCACAAACUCCUCAGAUUUGUUUGGACUGGAGUCUUUCUUUCCACAACCAAGGAGGAAUAUAUGAAUCACACAAACAUGAAAACAGACGAUUACAAUCGUCUAAAGGAAUAUAUUGACCCCCUUCUAUUAGUUCACGCUACUUGCAAAAAUCAUUGUGUAGUCUUCAAAAAUGACACUUACAAAACCAUCGUUGACUUGGCCGAUUCUAUGUACGCCCUUGCGCAGAAAGCGGGCGGUAAAGAAGCCGGCUCAUACUAUGCAAACAUACUUAAAGAUGGAAAAAUCCUUUUCGAAGAGUUGGACAAAGACAUCGCCGAUCAAAACCAAACGGUCAUCAGCAACAAGCGGACCGUCAUCAAUGCUCUUCUCAGGGGUGAUCAGAAAGCUCUCAAGGAAAAAGACAAAAUCAUCAAUGACAAAUUAGCUGCAGAAGGUGGAGAUAUUGAUACACUCACGACUACUAUCGCCGCCAAAAUCAAGGAAAUAGACCAAGAUCAGGAUGAGUUUGAGCAAGACGUUAUAAUUGCUGCAACAACCGCCGCUUAUGCCACCGUAUUUCCAGUUGGUACCAUUUGUGCAGCAGUUGUUCUUGGUGUUUACACAGAGAGAGCAGUCGUAAUGAAGGUAAAAAUUGAUGCCUUGAAGGAAAUUCUUCAGAACGACCAGGAUAAACUUGCUUCUGACAACAUGCUGGUGGCUGGUCUCAAACUUAUGGAUAAAGAUUUGUCUGCUUUGAUAGCACUGAUUGGCCCAGCCAUCACUGUCAUUGAUGAAAUGGUCGGAGCUUGGGGCAUCAUCGCUGCGGAUCUCAAAGCGGUCAAGGAUGCUGUAGCCGAGAACUCUGACGAAACAGAUUUGCCAGAAUUGCAGGAAAUCUCACAGGAGGGUGUCCUCAGCGCAUGGAAUGAUCUUAAGGUUGAGGUGAACAACUUCCGCCAGGCCGCGUACAUUAGCGACCCCGAUCAAGUCACUCUUGAUGAUUAUUCCAGACAGCUACAGGCUUCAAUUGAUGGUGCUUGA